CUCCAGUACUUUUUCAUCCUCAAUUCAACUUCUAACAAUCAAAAUGCCUUAUUCGCUCAAGGGAAGAAACGUCUUGGUGACGGGUGGCUCUAGAGGCCUUGGAGCUCUCAUCUGCAAGAAGUUCGCCGAGGAGGGAGCCAAUGUCGCUAUCAACUAUGUCUCCAAUGCGGAUGCUGCUCAGAAAGUGGCCGAUUCCUUGAAGGAAUAUCCCGUCAAGACAUUUGUCAUUCAAGGCGAUGCUGGAAAGAGGGAAGACAAUGUUCGUCUCGUCCAAGAAACCGUCAAGAACCUGGGCGGACUCGACAUUAUCAUUGCGAAUGCCGGCUGGACCAAGAUGUCUAAAUUUAGCGAUAUCCAUGCCCUGAAUGAUGAAGAAUGGAACAAGUGCUGGGCUGUCAACGUCAUGUCUCACCUGCAAUUGGUUCAAGAAGCCGCGCCCAUCUUCAACGCCAAUCCCGAGGGUGGUGUUUACUUGAUUACUUCUUCUGUUGCGGGUACCACACAAGCCGGUAGCAGCAUGGCCUACUCAGUCACCAAGGCUGCUGGUCUACAUCUCAUGAAGAACCUCGCAUACACGCAAGGGCCCAAGAUUCGAAUCAAUGCUAUCCUUCCUGGUCUGCUGUUGACUGAAUGGGGGCAAGCAUUCGGAGGAGCGAACAUAGAAAUGAUAAAAUCGGUAUCUACAUUAAGGCGCGAGACUGAUCUUGACGAUUGCGCCGAUCUUUUCAUCACAGCGGCUAAGAAUAGCUCCAUGACUGGCCAACAAAUUGCGAUUGACUCCGGUAUUGUUUUGGGUCACCCAGAGUCAAGGCUGAUGCAACAUGCGAAAAACUAGCCAAUUAGCGCAUAAAGGUAUAUGUUUAUAGCUAGAGUUAGAGCGACUAUCGAAAUAGACAUGCUCAUUGAUUUGGAGGAUUAUAAGACUAUUGACAUGUGUCGAGUGAAUAGCAGUUUGAAGUCUUAUAUAUAGUUCACCUUGUG